UUCUGGGGAGCGUUGAGUGUGUUGCUCCCUUCCGGCGGAGCGGAGCGAGAGACCGGGUCGCCUUGGGACAGUGACACCGAGACCGAGAGGGUGGUGCUUGUGUCCCAGGUACCGCGGCCCAGCAUGAAGCUGCUCAAACCUGCUUGGGUCCAUCACAAUGGUAAGCCAAUAUUUUCAGUGGACAUUCAUCCAGAUGGAACCAAGUUUGCAACAGGUGGCCAAGGGGAGGACUCGGGGAAAGUUGUCAUAUGGAAUAUGCCACCAGUUGUUCGAGAGGAGGAUGAGAAGAACGAAGCUAUCCCCAAAAUGCUCUGCCAAAUGGAUAACCACCUGGCCUGUGUAAAUUGUGUUCGUUGGUCUAAUAAUGGGUUGUACCUGGCAUCGGGUGGAGAUGACAAACUAAUAAUGUUGUGGAAGAGAGCUGCAUAUAUUGGGCCAAGCAAUGUCUUUGGCUCCAGUAGCAAGCUAGCUAAUGUGGAGCAGUGGAGGUGUGUUUCUAUUCUCAGAAGCCAUACAGGAGAUGUGAUGGACUUGGCCUGGUCACCCCACGAUGCUUGGCUCUCCUCCUGCAGUAUUGAUAAUACUGUUGUGAUCUGGAAUGCCCUGAAGUUCCCAGAAAUCAUUGCAACAUUACGUGGUCAUUCGGGCCUGGUAAAGGGUCUUACCUGGGACCCUGUCGGAAAGUACAUUGCAUCCCAAGCUGAUGACCGGAGCUUAAAAGUGUGGAGGACCAUGGAUUGGCAGCUGGAGACCAACAUUACUAAGCCCUUUGAUGAAUGUGCAGGCACGACGCACGUACUGCGUUUAAGUUGGUCCCCAGAUGGCCAUUACCUCGUAUCUGCGCAUGCGAUGAACAACUCGGGCCCCACAGCCCAGAUCAUUGAACGGGAUGGCUGGAAAACAAAUAUGGACUUUGUUGGCCAUCGUAAAGCAGUGACGGUGGUGAAAUUUAACCCUAAGAUAUUUAAGAAGAAGCCACGGAAUGGGAGCUCCAAUAAGCCUAGUUGUCCUUACUGUUGCUGUGCAGUGGGGAGUAAAGACCGGUCCCUCUCUGUUUGGCUUACUUGCCUGAAACGCCCUCUGGUGGUGAUCCAUGAAUUAUUUGAUAAAUCUAUUAUGGAUAUCUCCUGGACUUUAACAGGAUUGGGUUUGCUGGUAUGCUCAAUGGAUGGAACGGUGGCAUUUCUGGAUUUCUCCCAGGAAGAAUUGGGUGAUCCACUAACUGAGGAGGAGAAGAAUAUGAUUCACCAGAAGACUUAUGGCAAAAGUUUAGCAAUUACAACGGAGCAGCAACUGUCCACCACCAUCAUUGAAAAUCCAGAGAUGCUUAAGUACCAACAGCAGCAGAAGCAGUUACAGGAGCAGAAAAAAAAUGCAUUAGGGUCCAGGGAACUGAUGGCCACCAAAGUGCCGAAUAUGCUGAAUGGAGAGAGCUUGGAGGACAUUCGGAAGAAUUUAUUAAAGAAACAGAUUGAAACUAGGACAGCUGACGGACGGAGAAGAAUCACACCCUUUUGCAUUGCUCAGUUAGACACUGGGGAUUUUUCGACUGCUUUUUUUAAUAGUGUACCCAUCACGGGGGCACUUCCAGGGUCAGUGCUGUCUUCACAGAUCAGCCAGCCACAGCCUUCCUCAGACUCUAAUGCUGCCAAGUCCGUCUCUGCUAAACUAUCUCAGGACCCCGCACCAGCCAUUGCAAAGCCACCUGAAGACAGCCCCAUCAAAGACGGGUCUGCAAUCACUAGUACACCCACUGCUGUGCCCACAAGCACUCAGCUUUUGACUUCUCCUUCAAGGAUUGAGCCGAUGAAAGCUCUUGACUCGAGGUUCACUGAAAGAUCCAAAUCUACACCUGGAACAGCCCCCAUCUCUUCUGUUGCCAGGCAGACUGACUUGGACAGGGGUAAAGAUUUGGGCCUGUCCAAAGAGUUGAAACCCAGAGAAAUUCAAGAGAGCAGCAGUGACAGUGACGAGAAGAUUCCGGCUUCUAAAAUCUCGUCAUCGUCCAAACGCAAGUAUGACACUGAAGCAGAAGUUGUGGAAAAGAAAAAGAAAGGUCGACCCAGGAAAGAAACAAAGCAUAUGCCUAUAACCAUAACAACUCAGCCUGCUCCCUCAACAGAAAAAGAGGUAUCACGUGUCUCGGCCCCUGUCAUAGUAUUUAAACUCCCGACACCGACACCAAAGAAAGCAUUUAACAUACAGGUGAGCACUGAGCCAGCUAUGUACAUAGAGGUGGAAAAUGAAGUUCCAACAGUAACGGGGUGGAAGCUCAGCCGGCUAAAGUGCAUGAGAGAAGGCAAAGAAUGGGACACACUACUAACCAGUCGAAUCCUCACUGCUGCUGGAAGCUGUGACCUUGUCAGUGUUGCCUGCGAGGAGCGGAUGGUGUCUGUGUUUUCAGCAAAUGGACGACGGUUGCUGCCAGCCAUUCUCCUCCAGUCGCCCAUCUCCACGUUGCAUUGUGCAAGUCACUUUGUGAUGGCGCUAAUGGCUACUGCCACUCUCUCUGUCUGGGAUGCAAAGAAACAGACUGUGUUGGUCAAGGAUGAAUCUCUGAUCACUAUAUUAUCAGGUAAUGAUACCACUAUAACCCAAUCGCUGCUUACACAUCAUGGCGUUCCAGUGGUCACUUUGUCCAAUGGCAAGUCAUACUGCUUCAAUACAUCCCUUUGCACAUGGAAUUUGAUCUCGGAUAAGCAAGAUUCGCUGGUUCAGUGUGCAGAUUAUCGCAGCUGUUUAACUUCCCAGGAGGCCAUGUUGUGUUCUGGACCCUUAGCUACAGUGCAGGGAUGUGGAAUAAAUGCUGGACGCCAGGCUGCUAGGCUCUCCUCGAUGCCCCAUGUUUUACAACGAGGGACCACACUGGCAUAUCUUGAGAAUCAAGUUGCAGCUGCAAUGACGCUAAAAUCCAGCCAGGAAUAUCGUCACUGGCUUCUCAUCUACACCCGCUAUUUAGUAAAUGAAGGAUUUGAGCCACGUUUGAGAGAACUUUGCAAAGAUUUGCUUGGCCCGGUUCACAACUCUUCCAGUAGCCAGUGGGAAUCAACUGUCCUGGGCCUUCGGAAGAGGGAGCUGCUGAAGGAGAUGCUUCCAGUUAUUGGCCAGAACCUCCGAUUCCAGAGACUCUUCACGGAGUAUCAGGACCAGCUGGAUCUUCUGAGGGACAAGUAGUACUCUUCAAGCAGAUGUUUGACAAAGAUCUGACCGCAAACGCACUCUGGGAGAUUUGCUGUGGCCGGCUGGUGACGCCCACCUGGGAGAGAUGGACUUUUGAAGGUUUGGGUCUUAAUCUGGGAGAUGAAGGCCGCAAUCAGCGAUACCAGGCUAGCCCACUGCAGUGGAUGACAUGAUCGCAGAGACAGCGAGACCGACGGUGCUGGUCUAAAUGCGCCACUUCACAACAAGUGGCCGUGCAGUGCACAGGAGAGAUGAUAUGCAACUGUACUGCAGGACGUCGGUGAGCCGGGAGCCAGUACUACACCCAGAGAAUGGUUACAAGCGACCAAGGUUUAACAUCUCUAUCCAUUGUGUGAUGAGCACUGGCCGCAUUACUUGCCAGAUAGUGACCUUUGCAGACCGUGCUCAUUUUUAUAAACUUUCAAGUCCAAUGCUGUACAACACUCAGACGUUUACUGCCUGUUCCCUGCCUUGGAGAGGGAAGGACAACACAAUCGAAAGCUGUCAGUCUUCAAACCUUCUCGGUUAGAGGAUGAACAGCUGAGUUCAGACUUUUCAUGGUGUCGUUUUCUGUUUGCCUGAUGUACUAAAUUACACAUUUGUUUAAAGUAUGUCCUUGUUACAUGUGUGAAUGGGGAGAAAAUAAUUCUAAUGAGCCACCAUGGGCAUGGCAGAGAUGUACAGAAACCUAAUUUGCCCUUUGGUACCUUUUAACUUUAUACAGGCACAUUUUUCGUCUUUUUUUAUAAAAUAAAGAUAGAAUAUCGCAUCCCUGUUUCUCCCUUCUGGAUAUGAAGUAUCUCUUGAUUUGCAGGUAUGUCAGGCACUGAUCAGUCUGAAGAAGGGUCUCGACCCCAAACGUCACCGAUUCCUUCUCUCCAGAGAUGCUGCCUGUCCCGCUGAGUUACUCCAGCAUUAUGCGUCUACCUGUCUGGCACUGAGAAUGUGCUUUCCAAUGGUGAGGAUUCGCUGGCAGCAGCAAGCAGCUCAAUCCUUGAUUCGGACAAGCAGAGCAUAUUGUUCCAACUGGGUGGGAAAAUGACAGCAACUGAUGCUUACAACUUUACCAUCACUGUGAAACACUCUGCAGUUGCAGGGAGCCCAGGAUGUUGAAGAUUGCCUUGAUUUUGCAUUAAUGGGCUUGCAGCCCAAGUUUGAAACCACUAAGGCCUGAAGGGUUUCUUUGGCUGUGCUAAAUUUGGUAUCAAAUUGGGGACGUUGACCCUGAGGAUUAGUGUGGUAUUCUGACCGCCUGUCUUUGCUUUGUACAAUUAAAAAUUGAAGCCCUUGGGCUGAACAACCGCCCACUUCCUGUAGGUCCAUGUGAUUACGUCAGUUCUCAUCAUUUUUUACUUCACUUUAAGUCUCGUGAUAAGGAACUGGAAUAGACUUAGUAUAAAUUGAGUACCUAUAAAAUUAAGCAUUAUUUUUUUUCAAAUACAGUCGAUGCUCCUAUUAGUACUGCCAAUUAUAGUCAGAGAUUUGGUCUAAGCACCCCUGUUUAUUUCUGAAAUAUCUGAAAAAUUAGUUAUUGAUAACUUGCCACAACUGAGAGAAGGAGGGAGUGGGACUGAGACACACACCAAAGCAUAAUAAUUGACCUCAAGUCCUUAGUCUGAGGAGGGAAACAUUUGGGCUUCCCCUGUUGAGAGCUCAUGAGUGUUAACCGAUGAUUCUGUACAGAGUUGGACAUGGCUACGGUAUGAGUAGAGAAUAGGAACUGGACGUGGGGCAUGAGCACCCGAGCAGUCCUACCAUAUUACUGGAAAAUCUGAAACCUGUACACAACCAGGUGAUGACACGUGCCAGACUAGUUGAAUGAAAAAGUAAAAUGACAUUUAUAUAGGCCUUUUACAACCUCUGUUCUUUACGACCAAUGAGCUGUUUCCAAAGUUGACCAAUGUUGAAGGCAGGGAAUGUCCUGCAGACUGGUACAGCAAGAUCCCGCAAAGAGUAAUGAGAUGAUGACUGGAAAACGUGGUUUAGUAAUGUUCAUUGAGAGUACAAUUGCUCCUGACAUCAGGAAUAAUUCCUCUGUUCUUUCCCCAGAUAGCAUAAUGAGGUGUUUUACAAGCACCUGAGAACACCGAUGAGCCCUGAUUUAACAUCCCAUCCAAAGGUUAGCAAUGGUGCUGAUGUGACUGUGGCCUGCUGUCAGUGAGAUGCCGACACAUGCAAUGGAGCUAUCUACUUUGAAUUUCUUUUGUAUUCUUUAUUUUGGGAUAAUCUUAUUGUAUGCAGAUGAAAUAUCUGUCAGUUCCAUUGUCUACAGACUACUCUAAAUAAAGGGACUCUGAGGAUCUAAUAUUUACACAAAUCAGUUACCUUCAUCCUCCCAUCCUUGCAUGUGAAAAAUAAGGCAAGUUAGGAUCAAUAGGUAGCUGUCUGAUAAGGGGAUUGUGAAAGUGGUUUGAGAAAAGAAUACGGCUAAAUAAUUAUUUUUGACAACUGGUGGCUCUAAAGAUUAUGAGGGCCAAAUGCCGGCAUAUCUGACGGUAUGCCCUUUUGCUGGGCAAGGUUUUCCACUGGGGUGGUCAGACAUUGGAACAAUGUCCAGAAUGGUCCAGAACCAGGGGCCACAGCCUUAGAAUAAAGGGGAGGUCAUUUAAGACCGAGGUGAGAAAAAACUUUUUCACCCAAAGAGUUGUGAAUUUAUGGAAUUCCCUGCCACAGAGGGCAGUGGAGGCCAAAUCACUGGAUAGAGCUCUAGGUGCUAGUGGAGUCAAGGGAUAUGGGGAGAAGGCAGGCACGGGUUAUUGAUAGGGGACGAUCAGCCAUGAUCACAAUGAAUGGUGGUGCUGGCUCGAAGGGCCGAAUGGCCUCCUCCUGCACCUAUUUUCUAUGUUUCUAUGAGCUC